UUUGGCUGUAGACGAGCGUGGAUGGAGCAGGCCCAAAGCGAAAACGAAACUGAAAUCGAAACAGAAACAGAAGAACCACCACAAACCCGCCGCGAUCGCAUGGGGAGGGGAAUUUAUGUGGAACGCGGCGGGCAAAGAACUGAAAGCUCAGCAAAGAACGAUCAAAGUGGCUAAGAGCAGGGCCAAGAAAAAUGUGCUCGCUGCUGACCGUGGAAACGUGAUAUGCGCUUAGGAUUGGGCGAAGACAACAUGAGCCUCCUGCGCCAGCAGCUGCCACGUUCAAAAUAGAAAGUUGCUGCCAAAGAUGAAUGAGAGCGCCACAGAAUGAGCGAAUCGGAACCGAAUAGCCUGGAGUUCAUUGAAGAUCCCUAUCUGCCAAGCAUCGAUGAUCUCACCAGCACACCGUCACUGGAUCUGGAAACCAAUGAAGCCGUCUUGGACUGGUAUGGCGAUGGGCAGGAGGAGAGCGAGGCUGAGCUAUAUCUGCGUAAUCUGACGCUAGACCAGAUAUUCUACGAUGUGGAUUCGGACUACACCAACAGCCUAGAACUGCAGGCAGUGGAGGCGGACUUCAUUGCCGCCAAGUUGGCCAAUCAAGCGCCAUCGUCUUCGAUGGCCAAACGCUUCCGCUUGAAGUUCUUUGCCAAGCGAACCAUGCGCGACGUUAAGGUCACGUUCAUAGACUUCUCCAAACCGUAUCUGGCCAAAAUAUCGAACAGUGAUAACUACAAGAGAUUCCUCAACAUUGGGCAUAGAAGUAAAGAUAAUACAGCCAACCUGUCGGAGCCAGCAUCUCCAGCUAAUUCUGUGGCAUCCGCAGAAAUUGCCGCCGAGUUCGCUGCGCUCUCCGUCGAGGAGAAGGAGCAGCGUCGGGCUGAGUGGAGUCAGGAGCUCGCCCGCGUUGAGGAAGAGAUCAACACGCUGCGAACCGUUCUAGCCUCCAAGACGCGCCAUGCCUCCGAUCUCAAGCGCAAGCUGGGCAUCACCGUCUGGAAGGAGGUGACGGACGACAUGAACCAGGGCCUUAAGAACCUCAAGGAGAGCACUGUUUACCAAUCGGUGGAGCAGAGCGUGGGCACGUUUACUAAAACGGUGUACGAGGCACCACUAUACCAACGCACUGAGUCGGUGCUAAAGUCCACGGGCGAGAAGACCGCCUCGGUGUUUGGCAGCAUCACCAGUGGCAUUUCGUCGAAACUGUCGCAAAUGAAAAACUCCGAAUCGAUGCGUUCUAUCGAGGCUUCGGUGGGCUCUGCCUACGAGAACGUUAAAGUAAGCUAUGAACACAACAAUUUUAUGUGCCAAUCUCAUGCGACCAAGGUGACAUCCCGCUCGGGUUCGGUAUCCAGUUUCCCAGAUGCUCUGGACGAGAACAACACAUCCUCGGGUCUGAAUUCACCCACAGACUCGCUCCCUAAAUAGAUUUUGGGGCAACUGCAAGGCCAAGCGCGUCGAUAAUGUGGAGCAACCUACACUACAUACAAACAGACCCACGCACCCACUCUAUUAACUUAUUUAACUAAAGCGAAUUGUCGUGUCUGCGCACUAACAACAAGAUCAGAAUUUAUUUAACCAGAAAUCAUAAGUACACGUGUGUCGAUUCGGUUUUUAUAAUACUUAAUAUAACUAAAAUCUGCGCGUCAAAAAAAAAUCCAAUGGGAGCACAUAUUAUACGCAUCUAUUGUAUUUGCCUUGGAGACACCAUCGAAUUGCAUGAUUUGUUUAAAUUUAAAACCACGGAGGAUCGAAGAUUCAAGGGCUUGCUGCAUUCGUUUAUAUAACUAUCAAUCUAAGUGUACGUUUAAAGACUAAACCACAUUGGAUGGUCCACCCGAUGUCAUUCCCAAAUGUUUCUAAUACUUAGUAAAAAAAAACUUUAGAAAAUCAAGCAUUACGGUUAAAGUGAAUAUACAUUUGUUUUACGCUUUUAUUUCUUCUCUAGGCGUUGAGUUCCGUGGUUAGAUGGCGUUCCCUAAUCCGUUGAAAAGCCAAUUCCAAAUUUAUUUAGUACUAUAUAUUUGAGAUACGAUCAGAGCUUGCGUGCAAAUAAUGAAAAUCCAUUGGUAAUCUUAAGUGGAUAUAUUCCGUACUGCUGAAGAUUGAGAGAGAGACGAAAUCGCACCCAAUUUGUUGCUAAUGCUGAUCAAAUUUGCUAUAUGUGUAUGAAAUCUUUGAAUAAAUGCAAAAUUUUUGCCCCAUA